GCUUAAAUUUUAAACUAGUUCCCGGAAAUGCGAAAAUUUGAAGACUAGGUUAAUAUCUAGUCAGUGGUCAGUGACAAGUCACACUGACAGGAAAGUUUGUUAUGUUUUUAUUAAAGGGAUGUAAUGAUGUACAUCUCGAUCAAGAUAUGAAUUACAUAAUCAUCAAGCAUAAAUGACUGAUUAGGGAUUUGCGAUGGGGGAUAUUAAUUUGAAUUUAGGAGAACUUGAUUUGACAUCAGAAGAUUUUUGGUUGGAUGAAGUUGACGAGCACAUUCAGAAGAACUUGGAGGAUGAAGUAGUGCAGGACGCUCUUAAAAAGGGCACCGAUUUAAGAACAUAUGCCAAAGAAGUUGAAAGAGAGCUACUGGAUGUGGAAAAUGCCUCAAUACAAGAUUAUAUUAAAGAGAGUGGAAAUAUUGCUAGUUUACACAAACAGAUAGCAGCAUGUGACACCAUACUAGAGAGGAUGGAGGAAAUGCUAAAUGGCUUCCAAGGAGAUCUGAGCAGUAUCAGCAGUGAGAUUCAGACCUUACAGGAACAAUCUGUCAGCAUGAACAUAAAGCUCAAAAACAGACAGGCAGUGAGGGGAGAACUGAGUCAGUAUGUGGAUGAAAUGGUGAUACCAGAACAUAUGAUUAAUCACAUACUGGACACUCCAGUGACAGAGAGAGAAUUUCUAGAGCAGCUUCACGAACUGAACCAUAAGAUCAACUUUGUUAAAGAACAAUCCUUCAGAGAUGCCAGGGCAUGUCAUGAUGUGAAAGAUAUUCUGGAAAAACUGAAAAUUAAGGCUAUUUCCAAAAUCAGAGAAUUCUUAAUGCAGAAGAUCUAUUCCUUUAGAAAACCAAUGAGUAAUUACCAAGUCCCACAAAACGCUAUGCUGAAGUUCAGAUUUUUCAAUGAGUUCCUAAUGGCCAACGAACGACAUGUUGCCAGGGAGAUUCGUGAUGAAUACCUAGACACAAUGUCCAAAAUUUACUAUUCCUACUUCAAAGGCUAUCUCAGUCGGCUAAUGAAAUUACAGUUUGAGGAAGUGGCAGACAAAGAUGAUUUGAUGGGAGUCGAAGAUACAGCUAAAAAGAGUUUCUUUAGUUCCAAACCAGCCUUGAAGAAUCGGUCAACGGUUUUUACCCUUGGUAGUCGAGGGGAGGUUUUGACGUCACGAUUGGAGGAACCUAUCAUUGUUCCUCAUGCUCAGCAAAAAUCAGAGACAAAGUUUAAUUUUGAGAGUUUGUUCCGAAGUUUACACUAUGCUUUGAUGGACAACUGCUGCAGAGAGUACCUGUUCUUGGUGGAUUUUUACAUGGCAUCAGGCACAGCUUCUCUGGACUUGUUUAAUGCCAUCAUGGCAAAAACAUUACAAACAUAUCUGAAAUCAAUGGAGGAGCAUGUGUCAGAGUGCUACGACUCAAUUGCUAUUUUCCUGUCCAUACACAUAGUUCACAGAUAUAGAAAUUUAAUGCACAAAAGAGGGGUCCCAUCUCUAGACAGGUACUGGGACACACUCUUAGGAAUCAUGUGGCCUAGGUUUGAAACCAUUUUACAUCUGAAUAUAAAUAGUGUGCGGGAUGUUGACCCUCAGAAGUUUGGACAUAUCGAUAACAGGCCACAUUACAUCACCAGGAGAUAUGCUGAGUUUUCAGCAGCCAUCGUGGGGAUUAAUCAGUCCUUCCCUGAUGACAGAGUGCUACACAAUCUGGAACAGUUGCAGACUGAGGUGGAAAACUUCAUCUUGAAGAUGGCAGCCGAGUUUCCUCUGAGGAAAGAACAACUCAUCUUCCUCAUCAAUAACUAUGAUAUGAUGUUAGGAGUACUAAUGCAUGCAUCUGCUACUAAGUUUAGACAGGAGCGAACAACAGAAGAAUCGAAGGAAUCUGAGAGUUUUAAGGAACUGCUGACUGCUCGUACUCAGGAGUUCAUAGAGGAAGUCUUGUCACCUCACUUCGGUGGAAUGAUCUCAUUUGUUAAGGACUGUGAAAACAUUAUUGAGAGGGCAGGAGUGGAAGCACUUAGGCCAGAUGAACGACGAGUUCAAUCUAUUGUACGUGGAUUUAACAGCGAUUGGAAAAGAGCUCUAGAACUGAUCAAUGGGGAUGUAAUGAGAGCAUUUACCAACUUCAAAAAUGGCACCCAGAUUUUACAGGGAGCAUUGACACAGCUGAUUCAAUAUUACCACAGAUUCCAGAAAGUCCUCGGACAGGGACCAUACAAAAAUAUGCAAAUUAGAAAUGAACUCAUUAAUAUUCAUCAUGUCAUGGUAGAAGUCAAAAAAUAUAAACCAACUUUUUAGAAGUGAAAACCUGUGAUGAGAGAAUGUCUUGUAGUGUACACGUGUGCAAUUACACGUACAUCCAAAUGUAAUUUGUUACACGUUUCUGCAGUGCAAUAUUUUAAAUGGAAAUACAUGAUUUACAAGAACAUACAUGAAUUUGAAAUGUACAUUCCUAAUAAAUUAUCAGAAAAGCC